AAUGUCAAGUGCAUCGCAUACGUCCGCCAUAUUUAGUUUUUUAUUUUUAAUACGUAGAGAGGAGUCGCUCACAAAAAGUUAAAAACCGAAACUUACCGACAAACUAUACAAAAUGAAAAAUAUUUUUCAUAAAACAGAAAAAGGCGGUAAAAUAAAAACUUUGCUGAUAGCGUAUAAAAAUUUCGUGCGAUUAAUUCAUUGAUAUCAUAUUACAAAAGAGUAUGAGUAGAUUUAAUUUGCGGCGGAGGCCGCAAAUUUGUUAUUACGAGCCAGAUUUAGACGAAUACAUUUUUUGCGAUCCUUGCGGUGACUAUGUGUACGAAUACUGUUCUGUACACGGCCCACUACUCGUCAUUCCGGAUGAUAAGGUGCCUGUCAGUAUCCCCACUCACAUGCCGCGAGCUACGCUAACCAUACCACAUGUCUUCUUGUAUCUAGCACCGUCCUCUAUACCAGGGGCUGGCAUUGGUGUUUUUGCAAGCCUGACGUUGCCACGUGGUGUUCGGUUCGGCCCUUAUGGCGGGAAGUAUACGAAUGAAAUCAAGUCCAAAUAUUGUUGGCAGAUCUACAACCAAAACAAUCGUCCAUCACAUGUGGUUGACGCAGCCGACGAAAAUGAUUCCAACUGGAUGCGGUAUGUCAACUGCUCGCGACACUGGUUAGAGCAAAAUCUCGUCGCAUUCCAGUACCGGGGACAGCUCUACUACAGAACUAUAAAAAUAAUUCCACGAUACACUGAGCUAUUGGUCUUCUACGGCGCUGAGUUUGCUAGCGCCCUGCAAAUAGAUCUUAAACAUUACAAUUCACCAGUUAAAUUUGCACGGAAAGAUGCUCAAACAACAGGGCAAGAAGAACAUGGAAAAAUAGAACAUAUUGCUUCAUCUGUAGAAACUGUAAUACUGGCAAAUAAUUUUCCACAAGAUCUCAAUGUUUUGGAAAAUUCUCAUGAUAUAACUAAAAAUAAUGAUGUUCCGUCAAAAAACACAACUCAAGAAGUACAAGCGGCGAAAUCACCCUUGAAGUUUGACUCAAAAAAUAACAAAAUUAAGAAAACUAAUGUUAUUUGUAAUGAGUGUAACGAGCACUUUGAUUCAAAGUCAUCGCUGAUUCAACACUUACAAACACACAGCCAAAAGCUCGAAAAAUAUUUCAGUUGUAAUAUUUGUAACUUUAAUAACAGUGAUGUAGACGUUUUUGUCAAACAUUUACGAGAUCAACACGGGGCAACUAGUCAAAUAUCUGAUUUGCAGCAAAAGAUCUCGCAAGAAACUCCGACUUAUCCAGGCAACCAACCACGCACUUUAUAUCCUUUAAAAUUUGAAAACCAGAACUUGAUGGACAUUCGCAGUAACUGUUUUGAUAAAAGUCACCCAGAUUCAUUAUUUGCACAGAUUUUUUUGCAAACAAAGACAGAUAUACACACAGACAAAAAGAAACGCCAAUGUUCUAUAUGUAAAAAAAUAUUAUCGUCCAAUUAUAAAUUAAACCAACAUCUUAUGUUACACACUGAUCAAAAGAAUUUCUCAUGUUCGAUGUGUAAUAAAAGCUACCAUACUAACAGUAGUCUGAAAAAACAUACAAAACGCCAUACAAUCGAAAACCAUUUUACUUGUAAUAUUUGUGGUGAAACAUUUUCUGAAAAGUAUACAUUAAACGCACAUUUGUCUUGUCAUAAUCAAAAUGAAUUUCCGUGCCCUGUGUGUCAAAAAGUAUUUACUAGUGCUAGGAACUUAAGAAAACAUCUAAAGAGACAUUCAAAUAACAAAACAUUUACUUGCGCAAUAUGUGCAAAUAAAUUCAGAGACAAGUGUUCAUUGAAAAGACAUAUUAUGUUAAUUCAUAAUAGUAAAAAGGAUUUCCUAUGUUCAAUGUGUCAUAAACGAUUUAUUUCUGAUUACUAUUUGAAACGUCAUUUAAAGAUUCAUUCAGAUAACAAACCUUUUUCUUGCACUGUUUGUAAAAAAUCAUUUAUACGAAAUAGUCACUUAAAACAUCACAUGACGUCUCAUAAUCAAUAUAAGAAUUUUUCAUGCUCAAUAUGUAACAAAAUGUUUGCCUAUGGGAGUAGUUUAAAGCGACACUUAAAAACACAUAAUAUUUCCGACGUUUCUUAACUGUUUUUGCAUUCGUUUAAAUUGCUGUAAUUUUUGUAUUAAUAGCUUAAUGUGGCUUAAAUAAUGUACUCUAGUAUAUCUAGUAGACAGGGCGCUAUACCCAGUGUUGCCAACUUUAUUUUCACCAGCCCACCAAAUGGCCGUGCAAACCACCAGAAACCAUUAAAACUGAGCGGUCUUUCAAACCACCAGAAUUUCACUAGAUAAAAUACAUACAUACAUACAUAAACUCACGCCUAUUUCCCACCGGGGUAAGCAGAGACUAUAGAAUCACUAGCUAGACAACCCAAAGCCGAAUCAGUGCAAUCAGAUCGUGGGAUGUUUUUUCCCCCUCUUUAGCGCCGCGUCGUAGGUAAAGACGUGCUAGAGGUGCUAAUUCCUGUAAAUACCAUCUAAUUUUAUUUUAAGUUAUAUCUGUCAUUUUCUUAUCCGCCGAAAAGGAAAGGGACGGGUAAUCGACAAGCAUUAAAUUUAUGGAACACACGUCAAUUUUAAGCACAAAUCUAAAACAACCGUCUAAAAAUUCGCCCGGGUUAUUCAUUUAUUUACUCAUUCUUCCUAAAAUUAAGAGCUGUCAAUCAUCCGUCCCUUUCCUUUUCGGCGGAUAAGAAAAUGACAGGUAUAACUUAAAGUAAAAUUAAGAGAUGUCUGCAGGAAUCGGGGCCAUUGACAGGGUAAAUUAUUCAAUUAUUAUUAAUAAUGAUUCCUUAAUAAUAUACCACAUAAUUUUCACUUAGCAACUGGACCACCAGUGCUUUCGACUAUUUGCAACCAAUCCCUUAAAACUGGGUCACGUAACCAACAAUCACGAAAUUUUUGGGUGUACUGUGGCUUAGGCAUCUUGAUCUUAUUACUCAAUAUGAAACUUAUUGUAUGUAUUACUAAUAAAUAAACUUUAUAUUGGUUCUUUCGCUCAAGUAACUCAUAAACCAUAUUCGGUUGUGUUAGUGGUUAAAUUCGUCACUUACCGCUAACUGUAAGGACUCUAAUCCACUAAAAAAUCCACUAGCCACUAAAACUAAUAUUUUUUCGCCGAACCACAUGUCUAAACCACCAGAUCUAGUGGAAAAUCCACUAAGUUGGCAACACUGGCUAUACCCAAGUUCGGCCCUGUCAGUUCUGAUUUUUUUUUAAAUAUUUUUUAUGGAAU